AGGGACCCGCAUUGGCCGUUGGUCCUCCCUCCCUCUCUCUCUCUCUCUCUCUCUCUCUCUCAAACUUUUUUCCUCCAUUGCACUUCCAUUUUGUGUCCUCUCGAGCUCCCAUGUCCGAGACAUCGCAACAGCAAUUUCUGAACCAGACGAUCCUCCAUAAUCUCCUCUCUGAGCCAUCCACAUCGCGAGCACGCCUAGACCCAUCCACAGACGAAAAAUUUCGGAUCAAAUCGGUCCAUGGAUGCAACCCCGGAAGCAAAUCAGAUUCGCUACCAGCUUCGUCGGCAGCCGAUCAAUGAUCCGAUUCGCUUGGGCUAGGGUCUCGUAGCUCCACCGAUUAACACAAUUUUCUUCGGUGAAGACGACAGCGGGGUUCGAUUUCGGGGCUAGAGAAUGUCUAAUCUGUAUGGAGAUUACAACCAGAAGAUCGAUUACGUGUUUAAGAUCGUGCUGAUUGGGGAUUCAGCGGUGGGGAAAUCCCAGCUCCUGGCUCGGUUCGCGAGGAACGAGUUCAGUGUCGAGUCGAAGGCCACCAUUGGCGUCGAGUUCCAGACGAAGACGCUCGUGAUCGAUCACAAGACGGUGAAGGCACAGAUAUGGGACACUGCGGGUCAAGAGCGGUACCGAGCAGUGACGAGUGCAUACUACAGAGGUGCUGUUGGGGCGAUGUUGGUAUAUGACAUGACCAAGCGCCAAUCUUUCGACCACAUGACUAGGUGGCUGGAGGAACUGAGAGGUCAUGCUGACAAGAAUAUCGUCAUCAUGCUCGUUGGCAACAAGUCCGACUUGGGCAGCCUACGGGCUGUCCCAACGGAAGACGCCCAGGAGUUUGCCCAAAGAGAGAGCCUAUUCUUUAUGGAGACAUCGGCUCUCGAGGCAACCAAUGUUGAAACUGCAUUCCUGACAGUUUUGACAGAGAUAUAUCGGAUCAUUUCCAAGAAGACCCUUAAUGCAAGCGAUGAAUCGGAUCCUGGUCUUCUUAAAGGGACGAGGAUUAUAGUCCCUGGACAGGAUGGGGAUGCCGGCAGAGGAAAGGGCGGGUGCUGCAUGUCGUCCUAAUCUUCUUCGUUCAGAUUAUAUUUCUUUUCGGCAAGAUGAUCUUGAGAUCAACAUUUGCUUUAGAAUUCCAUCCUUUGUAUGUAGUAGCCGUCUUGUAUUCUUUAGCAUCGGUAAUUCUCAUCUACGCUUCGUGUAGCGAAACGAUUUUUGCAGAGAAAGGGUAGCUGAUGAAAUUAAGGCUCGAGACUGAAACUCCAGGUUUUUCUGGUACCGUGACCAAGUGAAAAUGCUUCGGAUGAACUAUACCAGAAAGUGACUGGAUCGGGCAAGUUCCUUUACAAACAAGUUUGAUUGAA